AUGCUGCCGCACUAUGUGGAGGAUAUGCGUACCCACUACCGUGAAGUGUUGAGUUCGUAUAAUGUGCGUGCGGACAUAAACAUCCACACUGCAGAAGAUGACCACGGUCGCACUGUCAGAUGGGCGUUCAACCAUCUGUUGUGCAACGGCGACAUUUAUGAGGGGCUGCAUAAGGGCUACUUUUCUCCGGCAGAAGACGCCUAUUACACUUCAUUUCAGAUCGCUAAUGGCCGAUCACCUCAAGGUUUUGAGGUUCAGCCUAUAGCGGAUAAGGCGUAUUUUUUCAGACUCUCUAAAUACAAAGAUGCGCUACGGCAACUUAUCAGUGAGGAGGGGUUUUUAACACCAAAGGAACGGAAGAAUGAAGCUCUGUCGCUCCUGAAAGGCGAUUUACCAGAUGUGGCAAUAACGAGGUCUAAUACACGAUGGGGUGUUCCGCUCGACAUACCGGGUUUUGAGGACCAUACCAUUUACGUCUGGUUCGACGCAUUAAUGGCAUACGCGCUGAAAAACAGGGAUGAUGAACACUGCAACAACACAAUUAUGAUAUUUGGAAAGGAUAUAUUGCGAUUCAUAGCAUUAAUGUGGCCGGCUCUUUUGAUGUCGUUGGAUAUGCCGUUGCCGCGGCAAAUGAUAUGUCAUGGGUGGCUAACCUGCAACGGAGACAAAAUAUCCAAGUCCAAGGGCGAAAAGGUCCUUGCAUUGCCGGCCAUCGGAACGGCAGACGUAUCUAGAUUCGUCCUCAUGAGCAUGGGUGCUUUCGGUGAAGAUUCCAACUUCGACAGCAGCAGGAUGGAACAACUGUCAGAGCUGGUGAAAGACAAGUAUGCCAACCUGACCCACAGGAUUACAGGCCUAAUGAAUAACAGGGGCGUGCAUGAGCUGGAACACCGUGAAGAGAGUCACACGGAACCUCUCACCAAGCAACUUGUGAACGGCUGGGAUGUUUUGCAGGAAACAAUGCAACAUUAUAGGAUCGACGUGUAUAUUACUGAGCUGAACCGUUUAGCAGCAGAAAUCAACAGUUACAUAACCCGAAAUCAGCUCUGGGGAGUGCGAAAUGAGGACGACUUUAGGCGGCACUGUUUAGUACUAUGCAGGGCGUUGCUGGUGCUGACUGUAUAUCUAUACCCAAUCAUGCCACUCUUGGCUCAGAUGAACAUGGAGCGACUGCAACCGCACAUAGAUGAGGUGCCCGUGGAAAUAGGCGCAGCCUCAGACAUUUUGCAAGCAUUAGGUAAAGUUGACUUCAAACCUCGGCAUUUGGGCCCCCUAAUGUAA